AUGUCUUUUGAAAAUGAAAGUAUCUGUUUUUGGAAAAUGAGAACUCUUGCAAACUAUAUAAAUAGUUGCAAAUUUAAAUGUAAUAAUCCUAAUAAGGAUAACAUUUUACUUGAGAAUAAUGAUUAUAGUAUUACAACUGACAAUACUUGUGAAAUUCUGGCAACACCUACUACAAAUUAUAGCAAUAGUGAAGAUACUCAUGAAUUUUUGUUUUAUUAUAAAGCAUUUCAAAAUGGUAAAGAAAAAGUUAGUUUAGAUGAAUGUAAUGAAGAAUUAGUUAAAGAUAUUGAAUUAGGAUGUAAAUUAUUACCACCUAAUGUAAUUAUUUUAGAAUCUGCUAAUGAAUAUGACAAUAAAGAUUCACAUAAGUAUGCAUUUAUUAAUCAUAUUACUGAAUUUAUUGUUAAGCUUAUUGAAGUAAAAAUUGAGAAUAGAAGUAACAAUAAUGAGAUGUUAUUGGUAGAAACUGCUUAUGAUAAAAAUGGAUUACGAAUUAUUCAUGAAAUUAAAAAUAAAAUUAGUAAAGAGAAAGUGAUCCAACAAUUCAAGCAACUCUUUUAUAUUCAAAGUAUUGGAUUCAAGAACAG